UCAGCAGAUACUCACUGGUCGACAGCAGAGGAGAGGAACCAAGUUAUACUUGACCUUAAAGCAGCAGGAUGGUCGGAAUUAAGUGAGAGAGAUGCCAUCUACAAAGAAUUCUCUUUCAAAAAUUUUAAUCAGGAUUUUGUUAAUUAUUAAAAACAAAAACAAAAAACCAACCCAAACCCCCAAACCCUACUUGAUCAACAGCUGAAGUUAAGGACAAGUUUGCCUUCUGCUUAACAAAAUUAGGUUUGUACUUUCCCUGUGGUAUGAAGACAGUGCCCUGCAGGCACUCACUUAGGUCUGUGGCCGGCUCUGCAGCCCUCUGCCUGGCAGCGGAGUGCUUUCUCCUCGAAAUGGCAGUGCUGGGCAGUAGCAAGAAGAUCCUGAGCAGGCAUUUGGCUUUAUGUCUCGAGUCGCCCUACAAGCAGAGAAGAUGAAUCACCACCCGGAGUGGUUCAAUGUGUACAACAAGGUCCAGAUAACUCUCACAUCGCAUGACUGUGGAGGACUGACCAAAAGAGAUGUGAAACUGGCCAAGUUUAUUGAAAAAGCAGCUGCUUCUGUGUGAUUUCUUCCAAAAUGCAUGUGAAAUCUUAUAUACACAUCUAGCUCCAGUGUUUUUUUGAAGGCAAUUUAUCAAUACAUGAACAAAUUAAAUUGUCAAUUUAGUGCACCUUUUGAACGAUCACAUUUUGUAAAAUCAGUGCUUAAAUAAAAAUGAUUUAAACUUGA